AUGCAGAGGAUCAACACGUCGACAGUAUCUGAGUUUAUUCUCGUAGGCCUUUCUGACGCUCCGGAGGUGCGAGUUCUUCUCUUCGUGCUGUUCCUGAGCAUCUAUUUGGCCACCGUGGCAGGCAACGUCACAAUCCUCGUUGCCAUUAGGACAGAUGCUCACCUGCACAGCCCCAUGUACUUCUUCCUCGGCAACUUGUCCUUACUGGACAUCCUAUGUCCCACCAUCACUGUGCCGAAGAUGCUGCAGGCCUUGCUGUUUGGGAGCAAGGCGAUCUCGUUCGCUGGUUGCAUGCUCCAGCUGUUCCUCCUCAUUGACGUCGUGGGCACAGAGAUUUUCCUCCUGGCUGUGAUGGCAUACGACCGCUAUGUCGCCAUCUGCCACCCGCUGCAGUACGUGAACAUGGUGAGCACGAGGCUGUGCGCUCACCUCGCCAUCGGCACUUGGGUGGUCGGAUUUCUUAAUUCUCUGUUACACACCUCUCUGAUUUGUACGCUCUUGUUUUGUGACUCUAACAAGGUUGACCAAUAUUACUGUGACAUACCCCCUGUUCUGGCGCUGUCCUGCUCACCCACUGCCGGCAGGGAGCUGGUGACCCUCACAGUUGCUGGGGUCCUCGGAAGCAGCGCCUUCGCGGUCACUCUGAUCUCAUAUAUCCGCAUCCUCCUCGCUGUCCUGUGCAUGAACUCUGCUGAGAGCAGGCACAAAGCUUUCUCCACGUGCGGUGCUCACUUGACAGUGGUGAGCCUUUUCUAUGGGACCACCAUCUGCACGUACGUACGGCCUUCCUCCACCUACUCACCCCAUCAGGAGAGGGUAGUUUCCAUGCUAUACGGGAUCCUCACCCCCCUGCUGAACCCCAUAAUUUACAGCCUGAGGAACAAAGAAGUCCGAGGUGCCCUGGGGAGAGCGGUGAGCCAGAUGAGAACCACUGUAAUGAAAUGA